CAUUUUUUCUGUCUCUUGGUUUGUUACAGAUCCUGCAGGCUCUAGGGAAAUCGUACCACCCAGGCUGCUUCCGAUGCGUGGUCUGCAAUGAGUGUCUGGAUGGUGUGCCAUUCACUGUAGACUCUGAAAACAAAAUCUACUGUGUCAGAGAUUACCACAAAGUUUUAGCUCCAAAGUGUGCAGCCUGUGGACUUCCCAUUCUGCCCUCUGAGGGGUCUGAUGAGACCAUUCGGGUUGUGUCCAUGGACAAGGAUUACCAUGUGGAAUGUUAUCACUGUGAGGAUUGUGGGAUGGAGCUGAAUGAUGAAGAUGGGCAUCGCUGUUACCCACUAGAUGAACAUUUGCUUUGUCACUCCUGUCAUCUGAAACACAUAGAAAGCAGCACAACCCCGGCGGCUGGGUACCAGCACCGCUACUAGUCACCAUGGACGACAUCAGAAAGCUAGGACAGAAGACUUACUACACAAUCUCCCUCUCCCCACCCUCAGUUGAUUUCUUGUGCAUGUUUUCCACCAGUCAGCAAUGUUCCUGUAAAAGGAUAUGAGAGAUUUUUGCUGUAUUCCCAGAGUUUGUAUGCUUGUGAGUUCCAGCUGCAUCAGACCAUGUCUACUUGACCAAGAAUGUGGCAUGUUAUCUAAACUGAUCAGUUUACUUUUACGUGCCUUCUUCUGCUGUCUGGAGAUUCCUCUUGGCUCAUUUUGGAAGAUUCUUCAGUGAAAGCACAAUUUGCUGUCGUGCCUAUGAACUCAGAUCGUGCCAUGCACAAUUAAAAAGCCAGAGGCUGGCUUCCCUGCCUGCCAGGGACAUCCCGUCGGUCUACAGUUUCCUGACAAGUGCAUUUCACCAGAUUCCCUGAAGGACACCAGCCUAUUAAU